CGCGCAUUGUACUUGAGCUCAGCCACGGGCUUAGGGAGAUUGUGUUGUGUACAAGUUUCUUGACAAAUAUUCUAUUCAUUUUCUCUUUAUUAUUUUGUUUUCAGGGAACUAGAAGUGCCUUCUCCAUUUUUGAUGAGUCUUGUGCUCUUUUCAUAAAUGUCCGCAUUGAAUCUUGAAGCUGAAGAGCAACCGCCGUCGAAACGACAACGUUUAGAAUUGAGUACAAACGGCAAUAUUGAGAGCAUGAGUGGUAAUGGCUGCAAGGCUGGCUCAGGCCCCCAGGACAUCGACGAGUCGCUGUACUCGCGUCAGCUCUACGUGCUGGGGCAUGAUGCUAUGAGACGCAUGGCGUCCAGUGAUGUGCUUAUUGCUGGACUGGGGGGACUUGGUGUCGAGAUCGCCAAGAAUGUCAUAUUGGCUGGAGUAAAGUCGGUGACGCUGCAAGACACGAAGCUCGUGUCUCACGCUGACCUCGGCGCGCAGUACUACUGCAGUGAGAAGACCAUAGGCAGCAACAGGGCUGAAGUCUCACAGCCGCAGCUUGCAGAGCUCAAUACUUAUGUUCCUAUUAGAGUGGUCACCUCGCCUCUCACUGCUGACAUCGUCCAAAACUUCAGAGUUGUUGUGCUUACUGACAGUGAUGAGGAGGAACUAGCGAUGCUGAGUGAAGCUUGUCACACGCACGGCGUUUGUCUCAUCGUCGCCUCUGCUGCUGGGCUCUUUGCACAGGUGUUCUGCGACUUCGGCAAGGACUUCGAAGUUGUGGACGUGGACGGCGAGCCGCCGAGCAGCGUGCUGGUGGCAAGCAUCACGCGAGAGAAGGAGUCUGUGGUGACCUGCCUGGACGAGACGCGACAUGGUCUCGAGGACGGCGCUUACGUCACCUUCAAUGAAGUGCAGGGCAUGGUGCAGCUAAAUGACUGCGCCCCCAUACCCAUCAAGGUUUUGGGUCCCUAUACGUUCAGCAUAGGUGACACAUCCUCGUUUGACGACUACGUGAGAGGUGGCGUGGCCAAGCAAGUCAAAAUGCCGAAGAAACUCCAGUUCAAAUCUUACCUCGAAGCUCUUGCCAGUCCUGAGUUCGUGAUGACGGACUUUGCCAAGUUUGAUCGACCUGCUCUACUUCACCAAUGCUUCCAAGCCCUACGCCGCUACCAGAAGAAGACUGGCUCCACGCCUCGGCCCUGGAGCCGCGACGAUGCUGAUAGCUUCUUAGCGACCUUCAAUGAUGUCAAUUCUUCAAGUCCCGUGAAAGUUGAAGAAGUCAACGAAGAUAUUGUGAAAACUUUCUCAUACGUGUGUGCCGGUGAGCUCGUUGCAAUAGAUGGCAUCAUUGGAGGUAUUGUAGCUCAAGAGGUUAUGAAGGCGUGUUCUGGCAAAUUUUCUCCAUUGUACCAGUGGCUAUACUUUGAUGCGUUGGAAUGCCUUCCUGAAGAUAAGUCAUCACUCACAGAGAGCAAUUGCGCUGCUCGAGGUUCUCGUUACGACUCUAUAGCCGCUGUUUUUGGUUAUGAUUUUCAGAAGACUUUGGGCAGUUUGAAGUAUUUUGUUGUUGGUGCUGGUGCGAUUGGUUGCGAAUUACUCAAGAAUUUCGCCAUGCUUGGUGUUGGUACCAAAGCUGAUGGUGGCCAAAUCGUCGUUACUGACAUGGACCUCAUCGAAAAGAGUAACUUGAACCGUCAGUUCCUCUUCAGACCUUGGGAUGUGCAAAAACCGAAGUCGGACACCGCGGCCGCCGCUGUGUUAGUGAUGAACCCUGAAACUAACAUAGUUGCUCAUCAGAAUAGAGUAGGGCCUGACACGGAGCAAACUUACAAUGACGACUUCUUUGAGCUUCUCGACGGCGUCGCCAACGCUCUGGAUAACGUGGAGGCUCGGCUCUACAUGGACAGGAGGUGCGUUUACUACCACAAGCCCCUCCUCGAGUCUGGUACUCUGGGAACUAAGGGUAACGUCCAAGUUGUUGUACCUUUCCUAACUGAAAGUUAUGGAUCAUCACAAGACCCCCCCGAAAAGACAAUCCCUAUGUGUACUCUUCACAACUUCCCGAACGCCAUUGAACACACAUUGCAGUGGGCGCGUGAUAUGUUUGAAGGAGAGUUCAAACAAGUGGCCGAAAACGCUGCCUGUUAUCUUGGUGAUGCCAAAUUCAUGGAGCGGACCCUCAAACUGCCGGGCUCUCAGCCGCUCCAGACUCUGGAGUCCGUUAAAAAAGCCUUGGUUACCGAGAGGCCUCUAGAUUUCCAGGAAUGUGUUGCAUGGGCUCGCAAUCACUUCGAACACAACUUCCAUAACCAAAUUCUACAGCUUCUUCAUAACUUCCCCAAGGAUCAAACUACUUCGAGUGGCGAACCGUUCUGGUCUGGGCACAAACGUUGUCCUCACGCCAUUAAGUUCGACGUCGACAACAGCGUACAUUUAGACUACGUGGUCUCGGGAGCUAACUUGAAGGCCGCUGUGUACGGUAUCCCGCAGGUGCGUGACGCGAGCCUCGUCAAAGAGAUGAUCAGCAAAGUAGAGGUGCCGGUAUUUGUGCCCCGCUCUGGAGUGAAAAUUGCCGUCACCGAAGCGGAUGCAGAGGCGCAGAAUAAUACUCUACCAGACAGUGAAAGCUUGUCGGAACUGCAGGCUUCCAUUCCUAGUUUGAGUGAUCUCAAAGGCGUGCACGUUACGCCUCUUGAGUUUGAAAAGGAUGACGAUCUUAAUUUCCACAUGGACUUCAUUGUCGCAGCUUCGAACUUGCGUGCAGAGAACUACGACAUACCGCCUGCUGACCGACACAAGAGUAAACUCAUCGCAGGGAAAAUCAUUCCUGCCAUCGCCACCACCACCGCGCUAGUCUCAGGCCUCGUUACCCUGGAGCUCAUUAAACUUGCUCAAGGGCACAAGAAGCUAGAAGCCUUCAAAAAUGGAUUUGUCAAUCUGGCGUUGCCUUUCUUCGGCUUCUCAGAACCUAUUGCGGCUCCAAAGAAUAAGUACUAUGACCACGAGUGGACACUCUGGGACCGAUUUGACGUAGAUGGAGAGAUGACUUUGGCUGAAUUCAUCAACUACUUUGAGACGGAACAUCAGCUCGAAAUAACGAUGCUCAGCCAGAACGUGUCCAUGCUGUACUCCUUCUUCAUGCCGCCUGCCAAGAGAAAGGAACGCAUGGAAAUGCCUCUGUCGGAGGUGGUGCGGAAGGUCUCGAAGCGUAAGAUUGAGCCUCACGUGAGGGCGCUUGUGCUUGAGCUCUGCGCCAACGAUAAAGACGGCGAAGAUGUCGAAAUUCCCUACGUCAAAUACAAUCUACCUAAAUAAUAACAUAACGGCGCCGCGUGUAGUGUUCUCUUUCAAACACGUUUCUUUUUGCAGCCUCUAUGUCUCAUUUUACAGCCCUGAUAAUAUUUACGCCUGAUUUAUUUCUGAAGUGGUAGUCUUUUAUUUCUGCUACUAGGCUUUCAGCAGUAAGGUGAAAUGAUAUUUAUGUCAUGUUUGGAUUCAUUCAAUAUGAGUUCUAAGCGAUUUCAAUAAAUUGCCCAUCAUGGCAUAUUCGCUAGCGAGUUGUCUCAGUAAUUGAAAGUUGAAUCGGUUAUCGGAACAGGCUUUGAUGGUAGAAAGUUCUUAGAAUCCUCUUAAAUUGUGAUAUAGGUCAUGAUCAACUAUAGAAGAUAUAAUAAUUGGAUUCUAUUAUAUUAUUUAUUUCUUUAUUAUUCAUUUCUAUCUUUCUGUCAGCCUAUUGAGACGGUUUGUAGUAUUAUUUUAAUACAUUACUGAAUUCGAUAUUUUAAUUUGAUUCUUUUGCGUUUGUCUGCCUAAAUAAAUGUUUGUUUUAGAUGGAAGAUGUGGGUUUCCUUGUGCUGGCUAAAAUAACCCUCCAUCCCAGUGAAGUGGUUCUUGGCAAAGUUGAUCAUUUUACGCAAUUGUUUCGUUUUUGCGAUGCAUGUGUGACGCGUCACGAAGUUGUCUUGCUUAUAAAGCUCGAAAAAUAUUGUCUCUUGGAAAUAUAAUCACGUAUCCUGUA